AUGGAUGAAGAAGUUUUAGAUAAUUUAUAAGCAGUAGAAGAUGAUAAUGAAACUUCUAAUUUUCCUUUAUUUUAAUAAAAACAAAUUGGUGAAUUUAUUAAAAAGAUACUUGGUGAUAAUAUAACAGCAUAAAAAGCAUUUCGAGAUAAAUUUAAUAGAUGUCUAAGUCUUUUCGUAUUUUAUUUGAGUCAUAUGUAUGAAAAAUUAAUAAUUCCAGGGUAACAGUCAUUAAAGAGGAAAAUAGAAAGAAAAAGAAUGAGAAAAAGAGAAUGCAAAUAACAAAAGACGAUAUUUUAAUGACUUUAAAAGCAAUUGAUUUUUAGGACAUAGCUGAAUCUAUACAAAGUAUGAAAUAACUGAUCGUAAUUAGAUCUUCAUUUAUUGCAAUCUUCUUAAGAAAACGGCAUUUAAUAAGAGAAUGUGUUGGAUUAGGGAGAAGAACAUGAAGAAAUGCGGGAAAUAUAAAAUUUUGAAAAUAAUGAAGAUGAAUAAAAAGAGGAAGAGAUUGAUGAUAAUAAAGAUUAGAUUUAAGAUAAUCAGGAUUAAGGUAAUGAAGAAAUAGAGGAUGAAAAUAAUUAAGAUAUUGAGAAUGAUAAUGAUUAGUAAUGA